AUGAUGCAACACCUAUCACUCUUGAAGGGUGUUCGAAUAAUCCGUGUUCUUUCCUUUUCCAACCAACGGUGUCUUUAUACCAUCCCUUCUGUUACAUCUACAAAAGCCAGCGACAACACUCCCAUUCAACUUCUACUCUCUGUUUGGACAAAGCGUACAGCCGUGGGCGCCACCUUGACAGCCGUUUCUUAUUACUGCUACGAACAUUCUUCCUAUGGUGCAUCUUUUCGUCAUUCAAUGCAAGCCAUCCAUCGUGUCAGCCAGGCCACCUGGUUUUACUUGACAUGCCAAUACCAUGACUACGAUGGUGCAAUGGUGGAUUUGGAGAAGAAAAAAUGUCAUUUGAGAGCUGCACAACGAGUACUGGAAGGAUUACAACGACUUGGUGGGAUCUAUGUGAAAUUGGGAAAACACGUGUCAGCGAUGAAGUAUAUCUUACCUUUGGAAUGGACAACUACGCUAGCGGAUCAUGAUGGACAAUGGGUAGACGAUAUUUUUGAUUGGUUUGACUGGGAUCAUCCUUUAGGUGUGGCGUCUUUAGCUCAGGUGCAUAAGGCCAAGUUGAAAUCAACAAAAACGGAGGAUGGGUUGGUGGUCGCUGUCAAAUUACAACACCCUCGAUUGGAUGAAUUUUAUCAAAUGGAUAUGGAUACUGUCUCUGUAUUACUCGAUUUGAUCACAUGGACGUUCCCGGAUUUUGGUUUUCAAUGGAUUUUGCAAGAAAUGCAAGAAGCUUUACCUCAGGAAUUGGAUUUUGCCCAUGAAGCUCGUAAUGCUCAACAAGUAAUGUCUAAUUUUGAUCAUGAUCAACGUGUCAAUGGGGAUCCUCCUACAGCUUUGGUAGUGCCUUGUAUCAUUUGGGCUCAACGUCGUAUUUUGUGUAUGGAAUUUAUAGAGGGUGCUCGACCUGAUGAUUUACAAUUCAUGGAAAAACACAAGAUUGAUCCUGGUCAAGUCUCUGCGGAAAUCACCACCAUUUUUUCUAAAAUGAUGUUUUUGCACGGCUUUGUCCACUGUGACCCACAUCCUGGAAACAUAUUGAUUCGACCUCGAGUAACUGGAACAACACAUCAUAGAAAGAACUUUGAUAUUGUAUUACUGGAUCAUGGAUUAUACUGGACACUUGAACACAAUACAUGGACGGAUUAUGCUCACUUGUGGACGUCAUUGAUUCGCGGUGAUGAAAAAGGAAUUCGGUUUUAUGCAGAUAGAUUGGGAUGUCGUGCACAAUCACAUCGAUUAUUUGCUUCUCUUCUCACGGGCCGUGAAUGGCAUACGAUCGAAGCGGCGAACUUGUCCUCUUACCGAACUGCUACAGAAAUGGAACGUGUAUCUGGUCGAACAGGAUUAUUCUUGCAUAAAAUUGCUGCUAUUUUGGCCACUUUACCUCGCGCGGUAUUAUUACUCUUGAAAACAUCAGAUCUUUUACGCCACUUGGAUGAAACUUUACGAAAUAAUUCCUCUUCCAAUGCUACCUAUGUGAUCAUGGUACAUUAUUGUGCUCGUGCGGUGUGGUUAGAUACGAAAACAACUCUUGGCAAAAAGCUGGAUUCAUUACGUCGUUCUGGAUCAUGGUCUUCCUAUUUUACUUUGUUUCUUGAUUAUUGUCUUGCUUGGUGGUCAUAUCACUCAUUGGACUGGUCCUUAUGA